AUGAUGAUCUUGACCUUAUUCAUCUUAGCAAUUUUCUCGACCUGCGCCUAUGGCUCACCUGAAUUUAGGCUUCCAGUGGUUGAUUUAGGCUAUGAACUCCAUCAAGCAAUCUCUUUCAAUAGUACCAUUGGUAUUUACAACUUUAGUAACAUCCGAUACGCAGCACCUCCAGUCGGUGACCUAAGAUGGAGAAAGCCUGUAGCUCCUCCAAAAAACCGAGAGCACGUUCAAAACGGUACCAUUGGUCGUGUCUGCCCCGGCGGUCUGCCAUUAUGGGCAGGGAUUGCAGUAUCGUGGCUAGAUAGUUAUACCCAUAACAAGACCGUCACGGUGACUUCAAACGUCUCUUCUUAUCCGUAUAAACCUCCUCCACAGGAUGGACGCACAACCGAGGAUUGCCUCUUCCUCGAUGUUCUUGUUCCCAAGAAAAUAUUUGAUGACAAAGACAAAAAGAAAGCAAAGUUGGCACCUGUUCUGGUAUGGAUUCACGGCGGAGGCCAAAUAUCGGGGGAAAAAGCUGCAUAUGACGCCACAGGGUUGGUCCAACGCAGCAUGAACAACGGUGAUGGCAUUAUUUUUGUUGAGAUAAACUAUCGGCUAGGCGUAUUUGGCUGGCUGGCUGGCGCUAUCAAAUCCGACGGCAUCGCUAAUGCCGGGCUGUACGAUCAGCGAUUUGCUUUAGAAUGGAUCGCUCAAAACAUCCACCUAUUUGGCGGUGAUGGGAAGCAGAUUACAGUGAUGGGACAAUCUGCUGGAGGAAGUUCGAUUGUACACCAGAUUACGGCAUAUGGAGGAACCAAAGGCCCUGCUCCUUUCCAGCGUGCAAUUCUCCAAAGUGCCGGCUGGGUUCCUGUUAUUACCAACGCGCAACAAAAUGACACAUAUCAUCAAUUCUUGGACCUUCUAGCCGUUGACACAAUUCAAGAUGCCCGAAAAUUAUCAACAGAAAAAUUGAUCGCGGCUAACGCAUACCAGGUCUACUACUCCCCAUAUACAACUUUCACCUAUGGGCCUGCAGUGGAUGAUACCUUCAUACCCGAUUUCCCGUGGAGACUCCUGGCUGAGAAGAAAUUUGACAAAAAUGUAGACAUCUUGAUUGGCUUCAACUCAAAUGAAGGAAUGCUGUUUACCUCACCAGAGGAUCGAAGCAUCGAUUUCGAUGCAUUCGUGUCAGCUGCAGUGCCUAUCUCCGCUGAAGAUGCGAACCAUUUAUCGACUGUUCUAUAUCCUCCAGUAUAUGAUGGCUCGUAUGGAUAUACAGAUGAAGUGCAUCGCGUUGCGCUUUUCAUAGGGGAGUGGGCGUUGGAUUGUAAUGCCGACUACCUACGCCGGGCAUACAACAACCAGACCUACGGGUAUCGGCUGGACAUCCCGCCAGGGUAUCAUGCUCAGGAUGUUCCAUAUACCUUCUUCGUCGAAGGAUCUCCUAUCAACAGUGAAAUAUUUAAUAUCCCUGUUUCUAACAUCACUGUGGCAUUGGCGAUGCAAGAUUGGUUUACCAGUUUCACACAGCAUGGUUCGCCAAAGUCGGAUCUGGCACCUGCUUUCCCUCAACACGGGUCAAAUGCACGCCUCGUUGAUAUUCGUUCGGAUUCUUUUGAGAUUAUCCACGACCCGACUGAUAAUCCUCGGUGCCAGUUCUGGCCGACUUUGUCGUAUAAGGUUUAG